AUGUCAUUUUCAUUUAGUAGAGAUAGAAUGGCGGAACUAAGAGGUUCUUCAGGAGCCACGAGCAAUGAUAAUUACAGUAUGAGUGAUGAUGAAUUCGGUCACCCUAAUCGAAGACCCAUGGGAGCAUACCCACAACCAUCAGCCAUGCAGACAACACCGCCGCCGCCACAACCCACGCAUGAAUAUGCACCUGCCCACGAAACCUAUGAAAUGACUCCAACAGAACAACAACCACAGCAACAGCAAACACAGCAACAAUAUCAGUUACAGCAGCCACAACAACAAAAAGCGGAUCUAUCUACUACCAAUGGCUUCUUUGAUGAGAUCGAUCGCAUAAAAAGCGACAUUGACUCGGUUAAUUACAACAUUGAUCAAAUUGCAAACUUGCACAAUAACGCACUCGCUAGUUUAAACGAACAACUAUCUAAACAAACUGCAAGAGACCUUGAAAGAAAAAAGUCGGAAACACAACAAAAGAACAUGUUUAUAAAAACUCGUAUUCAAGAACUUGAAAAUGCAAAUGCUCGGUUACCUAAUGAUGGAGAUACUCAAAUGCGUCGAUCUCAGACGGCGGCUUUAAGAAAAAGGUUUCUUGAUACAAUCCAGAGAUAUCAGGAUGUAGAGCGUAAUUAUCAAUUGAAAUACCGUCAGCGUAUUGAGCGUCAAAUCAGAAUUGUCAAACCGGAUGCAAGCCAGGAUGAAGUGGAUGAUAUUAUUGAUUCAGAUGAUUCUCCUCAAGUAUUCGCACAAUCCUUGAUGAGUGCAGGGAGACAACAUCAAUCCAAAGCCGUGCUAUCCGAAGUGCAGUCCAGACACAUGGAUAUUAAGCAUAUUGAAAAAACCAUCAUUGAACUUCAUCAGCUUUUUAUGGAUAUGCAAAUGAUGGUAGAGCAACAAGGCGAGACACUAAAUCAGGUGGAGCAACAUGCAGAGACAACCCAAGCUGAAUUGAAACAAGGAAACACCUAUCUUACAAAAGCCAUUGCUACCGCAAAGUCCACGCGUGCCAAAAAAUGGUGUUGUUUCUUUUUGUGUAUAGGUAUUUGUGUCAUGAUUGCAAUUUUAGUAUGGUGGUUCGCAUUUGGACAUGUUGGUGCUGAUGGAAGCACAGGUAAAAGCGACAACAAUAACGAUAAUGCAAUAACAACCUCUCCCGGCCCUACAGCCACCCCUACAACCGCCCCUACAGCUACAGCUACAGCCACUGCAACAACUAUAACUUAA